CUUCUUCCUCUUCUUCCUCUCCCCUUCACUUGCUUUUCCUCGUUCUUACCACGCUUUUCCGGUAGACGAUCUUUCUUUCUUUCCCUUGCAUCAUUUCUUGACCAUCCAUUCUUUGGUCUGAUUCUUCGUCUUCUUUUUUCUUUACUAUUAUUAUCUUGUUCGCAUCUGUAUAAUCUCUUGUCAAGAUGUCCGGUGUUACGCCCGUUGCUGUCUACGCCCUGCGCGUCCCCGCCAAUGGUGCUCUGAUCCCCGCCGUUCCGGAGUUCUCUGCCAUGUUCCGUGUCAGCAUGGCUGCCAUUGACCCCGAUGAGGCUCCCGAGUACGAGGACGGUUUCGACUCCAACAAGCGCCCCCGUGCUACCCUGAAGCUUGUGCGCGCUCCCCCUGGUCUCGACCUCGAAGGCGAGGACGAUGACGACGAGGACUGGGAGGACGACGAGGAUGAGGAUUCCGAGGACGACGAGGAGGUCAACGGUGGUCCCAGCGACAAGGAGAAGGCCCGCAAGCUCAAGCUGGCUGCCGCUCGCAAGGAGCUCGAGGAUGCCAUGGAUGAGGAUGAUGACGAGGAGGACGACGAGGAGGGCGAGUUCGACCUCAAGGCCGCCAUCUCCAAGCUGAUCAAGGGCAAGGCCCCCGCCAACGAUGACGAGGAGUCUGAUGCCGAGUCCGAUGAGGGUCUUGAGCUUGACGAGACUGUCAUCUGUACCCUGGACCCCGAGAAGAACUGCCAGCAGCCUCUCGACAUCGUUGUCAACGAGGAGGAGCCCGUCUUCUUCAAGGUUACCGGUACCCACACCAUCUACCUGACCGGUAACUAUGUCAUGCCCACCGACGACCACCACCAUGACCAUGAUGACGAGGAGUCCGAUGAGGAGGACUACGACCUUUCUCCCGAUGAGGAUGAGCUCGACAUGGAGGACCUGAUCGGCGAGGAUGACGAGAGCGAUGACCUCGACGACCUGGAGGACCCUCGUAUCACCGAGGUCGACAGCGAGGAGGAGGAAGCCCCCAAGCUCGUUGAGUCCAAGGAGACCAAGGGUAAGGGCAAGCGCGCUGCUGAGCCCGAGGAGGCCAAGCCCGAGCCCGCCCUCAGCAAGAAGCAGCAGAAGAAGCUGAAGAAGAACAACGGCGAGGCUGCCCCUGUUGAGGAGAAGAAGGAAGCCAAGGAGGGCAAGGAGGCCAAGAAGGUCCAGUUCGCUAAGAACCUUGAGCAGGGCCCGACUGGCUCCACCCAGCAGAAGCCUGCUGAGAAGUCCACCGGCACCCUGGGUGUCAAGGAGGUCAAGGGCGUCAAGAUCGACGACAAGAAGCUGGGUCAGGGUGUCGCCGCCAAGGCUGGUAACACCGUUGCCAUGCGCUACAUUGGCAAGCUCGAGGACGGCAAGGUCUUCGAUGCUAACAAGAAGGGCAAGCCUUUCACCUUCAAGCUCGGCAAGGGCGAGGUCAUCAAGGGUUGGGACAUCGGUGUCGCCGGCAUGGCUGUCGGUGGUGAGCGCCGCAUCAGCAUCCCCCCUCACCUCGCCUACGGCAAGCGUGCUCUCCCCGGCAUCCCCGCCAACUCCAAGCUGAUCUUCGACGUCAAGCUUCUCGAGAUCAAAUAGAUCUGAGUCCCCCUACUAACAUCUAGCUGUCUGUGUCUGUUACUCCAUUUGGGUUUGCUUCACCGGUGUUUGGGGGUUCGUUCAAUCUGACAUCAGUCCUGUGAUAUCCGACUUGUUUUUCUCUUGCACAGCCUUCCGAUGCAUAUUGGCAGGGAUGAGGAUAUUGCAAGCCAUCCAACUAUCUUUGUCUAAUAAAAAGUGUUUGGUUUGAUUC